GCUGUCUUGGGUUAUGCGAGGAAAAAGAGGAUGGGGCAAAGGGUUGCUGCAUAUAUUGGCCGGUCCAUCUCUCCUUGACUCACUUCCUCCUUCUCCCUCUUCAUUUGUGCUGGUCAAGCUCUGUGUGCAAACUUAACGUCAUCAUGUCCCAGCUCCAGAAAGGAAUGGCAAUGCUCAUCGCUACCUUUCAUAAAUACUCCGGCAAGGAGGGAGACAAAUUAACUCUUUCCAAGGGAGAGCUAAAAGAUCUGCUUAACAACGAGAUGGGUGAAAUGUUUGCGAAGUGCACAGAUCAAGCGAAACUGGAAAAGAUGUUUAAGGACCUAGACGCUAAUGCUGAUGGUAAAGUGGACUUUCAAGAGUAUAUCACCCUUGUGGCCUGCAUUACCACGUUGUGCAACGAGUUCUUCUCACAGAAGUAAUAAAUGGGGACUGACCCUUAACAGCCAAAAAUAAUGCAAAACACACAUACCAAUUGUCUAUAUUUUUUUUGUUUGUUUGAUACACAUAAAGAAAUGUUUGGCAUCUUACAAUGAUAAAUGCAUGAGGCAAAAAAAACAUUUGAAAUAAACUAUUUGAAUACGU